CCCUAAAAAGUUUCAAGCAUCACAAAACGGGAGCACCACACAAAUUUGAGAUAAAAAUAUUUUAGUAAUAUCCAAUGCCACUUCAUCCCCUCCAUUAUCAUAUUCCCUUUCUGGACUGUUUAGAAUAUUUUUUUUUUUUUAUAUUUUUUUAUACAAGCAUUGUUAUACUUUAAGUUGAGCUAAUGUCGUACGUUCACGUCUGCUGUUUCUACACUAACUUAACUUCCUUCUUUUUCAUCACACAUCCCUUAUUUAAGUUCAAGCUCCCCAGUUUCUUCAACCCUCUAUCCCAAACUCUCCAUUUCUUAUACCGUUUAAAUUGAGUUUUAUUUAGGGUUUGCAAUGAUUCCCAAAAGGGAGCAAGAAAGAGAAGCAGAAGCACAGGAAGCAAAUGAUGAGAUUACAGAAGGUAAUGAUGAAAGAUUAGCUGAUGAUCAUGAAGAUGAUAAUUUGGGAGACUGGUUGAGUUUAAGCCUCAACUCCAACGAGCCAUCCGCGGCGGAAGUCGACGCCGAUUUUCCGUCACCAAAACCCUCAAAUAGCAAAAAAGUUUUCUCAUGCAACUUUUGUCUGAGGAAAUUUUACAGUUCUCAAGCCUUGGGAGGCCAUCAAAACGCACACAAGAGAGAGAGGGGAGCUGCCAAAAGGUAUCACUCUCACAAAAAGAUGAUGUCAGCAAUGGGGUUUCCGUUCAGCCCUGUGGCUGCAGCAGCUAGGUCACUUGGCGUCCAGCCUCAUUCACUCGUGCAGAAACCUAGCAGCAGGUCUGAUGGGUCGUCAAUGGUGGCGAGAUUUAGUGACGCCGCCGCAGGUUUUGGGAUGGCAUGGACACCCUUCAUGCUUGAAGAAACCAUGAAUAAUAUUUGGCCCGGAAGUUUCCGGGUGGAUCAUCAAUUGCCACGACAAGAAUCACAUGUACAUAAUAAGCAGCUGGACUUGAAUCUUCGGCUGUGAUUCUAAGCUUUCUUCCUAGUAUUUAUUGUAUUUCAAUCUAGAUUUGUCUAAAUAAUACAUGUUUUAGAGCCGAUAA